UCUUCGAAUUGGUCUUCGGCCCAAACUCUAACUUCAAGUACCUCGAAAACUCCAGUACACAAGUACACAGAAUUAGAAGACCUAAUGAUACUUCAAGCAAUAGAACAGAGAGGGAGAAACUGGAAAAGCGUCCUGAAAUUUUUGUGCGAGCAUGUAGACGUUCUGGGAAAGACAGGAGAAUUUUAUAAGAACGUGGAUGUCAAUGAUAAACGAAUGCAAGAACGUAUUCGCAAAAGAGCGGCGAAACUCUUGGACGGUGAAAAAAGCCAAAGAAUGCAAUUGAAGACAAGCAUUGAGAAUGAAUACUACAGUGCAGGUGACAUGGAUGAUGACAAACAGCUUCAUUUGGCGGUGGGGAACGAGAACAUAGAUGAUGAACUUUGCGAAGUGGCAGAGAGUAUAAAGCAAAGAGACAGGAAAUACGUUUUAAACAACCAGGCUGCCGGUAGUGGAAGCCAUGUAGCUCAACCGAAAGAUGUGCUGAAUGUAAUUAAGAGAACAGCCGAAAAAGAAAAAAGCGAAGAACAAAGGAAAAGAAAGAAAGCCAAGAAGUCAUCUCCAACAGCCACAGUCACGAGCAAGAUGGAAGCGCUUCUAGAUAAGCUUCCACAAUUCCUUGAUACGGCAAACAAGGCUGCUGAAGCCCAUAGCGACGCCAUAGAAAAAUGGAAAAAGAAAAACGGGUUGAUAUCUGAUGAUAGUGAUGAAUAA